GAGAAUCCGCAUCCGUUCGAUCCAUCAACAAAUCCUCAGCUACUUCCACCGACUCAUUCCUGGUCCAUUGCGCAUUAUGUAAAUCAUUUGCCGGUACUACAAGUGCUGGUCGAGUUGGGCAUGAAUUUGUUCGAGGUGCGAAUAAACUACCUUUAUUCCAAGAAGUUCAGUAAAGAAGACAUUUUCAAAAUUGUAAAAAACAGCAGAUUUUGGUUGAAUACUGAUGUAAAAACAAUCGAUGCUCGCUUGGGAUGGCUUCAGAAAACAUUUGAAUUGACAGGCGAUGAAGUACGCCAAGUUAUCGUGAAGGAACCAAGAGUUAUCAUGUUUGGCGUCGGGCCGUUUGAGGUCUGGCAUACUAAAGCUAUAUAA